CACGUGACUAAUUGUUGUUGUAGCGAUUUUUAAAAAAAAUCCAUUCGUAUAAAAGGAUCGCCUUUGCACACUAUUGUCACUGGGUUACUGACUACCAAACAGUAAACUACACUUUUAUUUUAUCACCAUGUUCAAGCUGAUUGUUGUUGCCGGUGUUUUGGCCGUAGCUACCGCAGCACCCGGAGGAUUGACCGGUAUUCACAUCGAUCACGGACUCGGGCCAAUUCACGCACCCCAUGUUUUUUCUCAUGUUGACCAUCACGCCCAUGCUCACGUUGUUCACUCAGCACCCGCAGUAGCACCACAAGUACAUGUUGCUCCAAUUGUCACCAAAACUGUUCUCCCUGCUGCACAUGGACAUGGACAUGGAUACGGACAUGCUUUUGCUCACGCUGCUGCUCCUGCUCCCGUUGUCUUGGCCCAUCACGACUUCCACGGGCUUGGUCACUACUGAAAUCUAUCUAAAUAAUAUCAAUCAUCAACUCUUUUAUUGUUUCUAAUCAUUCCGCAAUCCGUAGAUAUAUAUAUUCAUAUAAUAUAAAUAUACCGCGGAUCUAAAUUUA